AUGGGUAUUUCAUCCAAGUGGAUCAAAUCACUUGUUGGGAUAAAAAAGCAUGGAAAAGCUCAAAAUGGCGAAAGCAGCAGAGAAAGGAGCUCUGCUGCUCAGCUGCUACACAAACGGAAACAUUCUGUGGAUACUGAAGGCUCCCUUGCAGUUGCAGAACACACAGUGCAAAUUGAACCAUUGGCUAGUGACACCAAUACACAGACAAUUUCAUCUGAGACUGAACUAAAUACAAAGGAGCAUCAGGCUGCAACAGUUAUUCAAUCAGCCUUUCGAGCAUUCUUGGCUAGGCGAGCUUUACGGGCAUUAAAAGGAUUAGUUAGACUCCAGGCCCUCGUUAGGGGCCAUGCUGUACGAAAGCAAGCAGCAGAAACACUUCAGUGUAUGCAAUCACUAGUAAAGGCUCAAGCUCGUGUCAGAGCAAGACAGGUUCGUAUUGGUUUGGAAGGUCAGGUACCCCAGAAGAAGGCUCCUGAACAAAAUGCUCAGGAGGAUCAAGCUCGAGAAAUUGAGGAACGCUGGUGUGGUGGUAUUGGCUCGGCGGAAGAUAUGCAAGCUAAAGCAUUGAAAAAGCAAGAAGCUGCCGCUAAGCGGGAAAGAGCAAUGGCAUAUGCUUUAACACACCAGCGGCAAGCAGGUUCCAGGAAACAGAAAGCUGCAGAUGUCCAAGGGCCAGAGGCGGAUGAGAACCAGUGGGGGCGGAACUGGGUGGAGAGGUGGGUGGCUGUACGCCCAUGGGAGAACAGGUUACUGGACAGCAAUGCCAAAGAGAAUGUACCAAUUGGCGACGAUAAGGAGGCUGAGGAAAAUGGGGACAGGGAUGUAAACAAGCCAAAAGGAAAAGUUGCAGUUUCUGGCAUUCAGUCAAAUGGUUCAAGCGGGACGAAAGAUGCAAAACACAAGAAGUCACAUUCUGAUGCAAGUGGUUCUUCAUCAGGGCAAUCUGCGGCUGCGCCACCCGCUGCUUCUUUGGGAUCAUCUAAGCUGAAACCGAAGCCAUCGGGUCAAACCUCUGAGGAAGUCAGCCCUCAACCUACCGAUCCGGCUCCGCGGUCCACAAGUAAUCCGAAAGAAAGGCCAGCAGCACAAGUCAAUGCACCAACGAAGAAGCGGCUAUCCCUUCCUAGCAACGAACUGCCGGUGGCGGAGCAAGAAAAGGCCAGGCCAACAGCAGCGAGAAAGCUCGGCCCGUCGGUUCCAAGAACAAGGCGAAAGGAGCGUCCAAGUCUGAACCGAAGCAGCGUCGGAGCCCUGGCAGCGCAACCGCGAAGCGGGCCCAGGCACAGGCCUGACCAAUCAAUCUACUCCCUCCCAUUUCAUCCAGAAACUUAG